CAACCGCCUCUGUCAAUACGCUGCUUACAUGGUACAUAAGCUCAAGAUGUAGCGCAGAGGGAACUAGAUCACGAGUUCCGUGUCGUGAGGGAAACGCUGAAGGAAUAUGGUAGGUAUCGGCGGUACCAACCGAAACUUACCUAGUGGUGAUGCUGACCGAACGAAAGACCUCAUAAACCAAGGAAUCCGGAACCUCGCUGAAGUCCCACACCCAAACUCGCGAGAACUGAAAUCUCAUAAAACAUGGCUACUCUCCGCUAGAGCCGGAUCGAUCGGUAAAGCACCACAGAAAGAACUGGAAUACUUGAACCAUACUCUCGGAGACCGAAAAGGUUCCCCAGCCUCGGACCUUCGGGCUUAUACCCCUUUGCCGCCGUUGGAACCCCUUUCAAACAUUUUGUUCAGUGGGCUCCCAUAUAGAGAGUACAUAUGGGACAAACGGCCAUGGGCACCAAAAGAGAUGAAGCUCAGGGAAUCUGAAUACAACAGAGAAACCAUCGCCUUCUGUGUAAGGAUGGCUAGCAUUGUGGCGGCCUUGCUAAUCAUCUUUUGGGGGUUGAGUCGCGUUCGGCAGAGUGGCUCGAUCGACGAAAGAAUGUGGGCGGUUGCUGGUCCUGUUGUUGGAUGUACUGCGUGUAUCAUCCUCUUUUCCAAGCCCAAUACCGAGCGGUUCGAGAUAUACGUGGUAAUUGCGACGUUACUCUCAGCAUUGCUGGCCAUGCCCUCUGUGAACUCUGGUCCAGAUAGCAGCUGAGCAUCGAACGUAUGCCACAAAGGAUAGCAUCUAUCCACUUACACUCUUGCAGGAUUAAGUGCUGUGCCGCUGUCGAAACAUCGGCUGCAGCAUUGGUCCUGUAAGAUAGCAUCUCAUCCUUGCUUUAGCGACGCCAAACCCUGAUAGCUAGCUGC